AUGAUUCAGGUGGGUCUGGUGUCCUACACAUACCAGGGGCGCGACAUCUUUGCCAGAGUGUUCACGUACCUGGGUUGGAUCAACGGCAUCCUGGCUUCGCCGCCCAGCAGUCACAUGCUCGUCCCCCCGCUCUGUCAGGGCUCGUGCUGCGACGAUCCGGAGUACAACGAUCCGUAUGGUCAAGAAUGCGGGAGCUAUGCUUCCAAAGAUUGUGAUGCAUCGUCCACAGGCUUCACCGAUGCGGAAACAGCUGACCUGACGAGCAAAUGCCGGUCGAGCUGCAAACAAUGCCCUGUUUGCGAGGCGACAGACAGCAGCUGCUGUGACACGGUUGGGUUUCAAAGCCAAUCAGGAAAGGCGUGUGACCAAUUUCAAGGAGUGGACUGCUCCAGUGACCCUGAGUCGGCUGAAGUGCUCCAAAACUGUCCCUUUACUUGCGGAACCUGCACUUCCGGUACGGAUUGCUCCGACUCUGCAUACUUCAAAGACGUAAAAAGCCACACAUGCCCUCAAUGGAAAAACUACGACUGCUCCCGGGCCGUGGAAGAUUUCAGCUAUACUCAGGCCGAUCGAGACCUGGUGUUGCACAUGUGUCCUCUCAGCUGCGGCACCUGCACGAUGAUUCCCACCACCAGCACCACCGUGGGAGACGGUCUCUCUGCGAGUAUCAGCGCGAGUGGCGCCACAUCACUGAUAAUGCGAAAUGUGGAAGGACAGAACAGUGAUGGAAAGCUCGAAAGAACAGGCUAUGAUGGCUCAGACAGGCAAGUGGACUGGGGUCGAUUUGCUGACGUCUACCCUUACCUCGUGUCCCUGCAGUUGGGCUCCACGCCCACGCACUUCUGCGGAGGGACCAUGAUUCGAGAUCGCUGGGUAUUGACUGCCGCACAUUGUUUCUUCACGUCCACCUCACCGUUGUCGGACGUCCAGGUAUGGUCUAUGAAGUCCGGGCAGAACAAUUCCUGGAACAAGAUCGGAGUUGACCUACUGGUUGUGCACCCGGGGUAUAACAUGGAGAGUCUGGUUCACGAUCUCGCGCUCCUGCGAUUGGCGCAGCCUCUUCCUGAUGUCCCGCUCGCACAGUUGGAGGAUUCCUCCGCGCGCUACAACGGAUCGGAGGCACUCCUUGCCGGAUGGGGAAGCAUUGACGAGGCAUGCCAGCAGUAUGAGUUCAUUCUCAAGGAAGGGGACUCUUUCAUCGUGGACAGAGAGCCUUGUGCCUUGAACGGCCAGUUUUUCAACUGGACACGGCUGAUCUGCACCGAGCACAUCAACGCCACUGGUAAGGAUAUGGCAGGAGCUGGCUGUGGCGAUAGUGGCGGGCCCUUGUUUGUCAUGGACAAUGGCCAGUUGGUUCAGGUGGGGGUAGUAUCUUACACAGCGGGAGGCCGUGAUGUGUUUACGCGAGUGUACACUUACCUUGACUGGAUCAAUGGGGUUCUGAGCUCACCGCCUAGCGAGAGCAUGAUGGUUCCUCCGACCUGCUGGGGCUCCUGCUGUGACGACGCAGAGUAUGUAGAUCGAUUCAACGAAGAAUGCUGGACCGAAGCCACAUGCUUCUUGCAGCCUCCUGCUUCAAGUCCUUGCUUACUCAGAGACUUGCGUGUACAUCAACAGGACCUGGCGAGGUUAUGA